AUGUCUCUCAAGAAAGAUUCUCACCCUUCAUCCGCCGCCUUCGACGUCAUCAACCAGACGCUCCAGGCCAACGAGGCCGACCGCAAGGAUGCCCUCGAUAAGGCCAAGGCCAUCUUUGCCUUCAACCUGAAGAACGCCAGCGGCGAAGAGGCAGCCUGGUACCUCGAUCUCAAGAACAAGGGCGAGGUCGGGCAGGGUUCUGCCCCCCAAGGGGCCAAGGCUGACGUCACCCUCACCCUCUCCGAUUCCGACUUUGCCCAGCUCGUUGCCGGAAAGGCGAACGCCCAGCGUUUGUUCAUGGGUGGCAAGUUGAAGAUCAAGGGCAACAUCAUGAAGGCGACUAAGAUGGAGCCCAUUCUGAAGAAGGCCCAGGGCGGUGCCAAGCUGUAA